GACCUUUUUUACAGGAAUCCAUCUCGCGCCGACCGAACACGUGGACUGUCUGGCCGAAAAAUACAUAAAAAUGGCUGCGCGUCCAUUGAUUACCGUAUACUCCGACAAAAAUGAAACAACCGGUACCAAUAUCACUUUGCCGGCUGUCUUCAGGGCCCCAAUCAGGCCAGACGUUGUCAACUUCGUUCAUUUCCAGAUGUUGAAGAACACGAGGCAGCCAUACGCCGUUAGUGUGCAAGCUGGUCACCAGACUUCAGCUGAAUCCUGGGGAACUGGUCGGGCUGUCGCUCGUAUUCCUCGAGUCCGUGGUGGUGGCACCCAUCGCUCCGGCCAGGGAGCUUUUGGCAACAUGUGCCGCGGUGGACGCAUGUUCGCCCCGACCAAGACGUGGCGCCGCUGGCACAGGAGGAUCAAUGUGAACCAGAGGAGGUACGCCAUGUGUUCAGCCAUCGCUGCCACUGGCAUCCCCGCCCUGGUCAUGUCCAAGGGACACAGGAUCGAGGAGACACCAGAGAUCCCACUUGUUGUUAGCGACAAGGUCGAGGAGAUCAAGAAGACCAAGGAGGCUGUAUCUUUCCUCAAGAAAUUCAAGGCUUGGGCUGAUAUUGAGAAGGUAUACAACUCCAAAAGAUUCCGUGCCGGUAAAGGUAAAAUGAGGAAUCGGCGUCGCAUCCAGCGACGUGGACCGUUGGUCAUCUACAACACAGACAAUGGUAUCAGCAGAGCUUUCAGAAAUAUACCUGGUAUAACUCUGAUUAACGUAUCCCGCCUCAACCUUUUGAAAAUCGCUCCUGGAGGUCACGUUGGACGUUUCUGUAUCUGGACUGAAUCUGCUUUCAAGCGCCUUGACAGUUUAUACGGAACAUGGCGUAAACCAUCCAAGGAAAAGAAUAAUUAUAACCUCCCCAUGCCCAAGAUGACCAACACUGAUUUGUCGAGGUUGUUGAGAGCGGAGGAGAUCCAACAGGUUCUCAGGGCCCCAAGGAUUGAGAAAAAGAGAAGGAUUCUGAAGAAGAACCCAUUGAAGAAUCGACGCAUCAUGAUGAAACUUAAUCCAUAUGAUGUCGUCUUGAAGCGAGCUGGGCAGAUGGCCACCAACAAGAAGGCACUGGCUGCUCAGAAGGCUGCUGCCCCCAAGAAGCCAGCUGCCAAGAAGGAAAAAGAAAUUCCUAAGAAACCUGCUGGGAAACAACCUGCAGGCAAAAAGGGAGGCAAGAAACCAGCAAAGAAGUGAAGUUGCUAACGUGAGAUGAGCCAAAUCAAGAGAAAGAUACAUGCUCUGCCUCCUCCAUCAUAAUUUAUUCUGAGCACACAUGUAUGAUUUGGCUUGAUAAAUAUAUUUGACUUCAAAUGGAAAGAA